ACAAUUUAACCACGUUAUGAAUCGACCUGCUGCCCCAGCUACAUCUAAUAAAACAUCGCAGCAUUGUCAUCAGAACGCUACAAGCUGAUCUCAGCGUUAGUUGCACUGCUUAAAUCCAGGUCGCCAUGGUGAACGAGCUGCCGCAGACGGACAGCAGCGGCCAGCCCUGGCGCUGCGACUCCAGCGGGCCGAGCAGCAGCGGGGGGGACAGCUCCAAGGAGAGCUCCCGCUGCUCCACGCCAAUCCUGGACACCGACCGCGCCGAACGCCUGCGCGACAAGAUGAGGAGGCGCACGGACUCGGGGGACUGCUGGUUCUCCCUGGAGUUCUUCCCUCCUCGCACCUCCAGCGGAGCUGUGAACCUCAUCUCCAGGUUUGACCGUAUGGGGGCAGGUGGGCCACUCUUCAUUGAUGUGACCUGGCACCCUGCUGGAGACCCUGGAUCAGACAAGGAGACCUCCUCCAUGAUGAUAGCCAGCACGGCUGUCAACUACUGUGGCCUGGAGACUGUGCUGCACCUCACCUGCUGCAACCAGACCAAGCAGCAGAUCACUGCACAUCUGAGCAAGGCCAAGCACCUGGGCCUUAAGAACAUCAUGGCUCUAAGGGGAGAUCCCAUGGGAGCUGAAUGGGAAGAAGAGGAGGGAGGUUUCAACUAUGCCACAGACCUGGUCAAACACAUUCGCUCUGAAUUUGGUGACUAUUUUGAUAUCUGUGUUGCUGGCUACCCCACUGGCCACCCGGAGGCAGUGACCUAUGAGGAUGACCUGAAACAUCUGAAGGAGAAGGUGGAUGUGGGGGCUGAUUUUAUCGUCACACAGCUCUUCUUCAGACCAGAAACAUUCCUCAAGUUUGUCAAGGACUGCAGGGCUAUGGGGAUCACCUGUCCCAUUUUGCCUGGAAUCUUUCCUAUUCAGGGGUACCAGUCUCUGCGCCAGCUGGUGAAACUCUCCAAACUGGAGGUUCCUGAAGAGAUCAAGCAGGUGAUCGAGCCCAUCAAGGACAAUGAUGCUGCCAUCCGUAACUAUGGCAUUGACCAGGCAGUGGGCAUGUGCAGAGUGCUGCUAAAAAGUGGUGUGGUGCCUGGCCUCCACUUCUAUACUCUCAACAGAGAGGUGGCUACCAUGGAGGUCCUGAAGCAGCUGGGCUUGUGGAUUGAAGACCCCAGGCGGCCACUCCCAUGGGCAGUCAGCGCUCAUCCUAAACGCAAAGUGGAAGAUGUCAGACCAAUUUUCUGGGCUUCCAGACCCAAGAGUUACAUCUACAGGACACAGGAGUGGGACGAGUUCCCCAAUGGAAGAUGGGGGAACUCAUCAUCACCUGCUUUUGGAGAGCUGAACGACUAUUACCUCUUUUACUUGAAGAGCAAGUGUUCCAAGGAGGCCCUGCUGAAGAUGUGGGGAGAGGAGCUGAUGAAUGAGGAGAGCGUCUUUGAAGUGUUCACUAACUAUAUCACCGCACAACCCAACUGUGCUGGGAACAAGGUGAUGUGUUUGCCAUGGAAUGAGGACCCACUGGCUCCGGAGACGAACCUGCUGAAGGACCAGCUGGAGAAAGUGAACCGCCGCGGUGUCUUGACCAUCAACUCCCAGCCCAACAUCAACGGGAGCCCGUCCUCUGACCCUGUUGUGGGGUGGGGCCCCCCUGGAGGAUAUGUCUUCCAGAAGGCAUAUCUGGAGUUUUUCACAUCAAGUGAAAAUGUCACAGCACUUCUUCAGGUACUAAAAAAGUACGAGCCCCGUGUUAACUACCACAUUGUGAAUGUCAAGGGAAAGAACAUAACAAAUGCUCAUGAAAUGCAGCCGAAUGCUGUGACUUGGGGGAUUUUUCCUGGCCGAGAGAUUGUGCAGCCAACAGUUGUGGAUCCUGUCAGCUUCAUGUUCUGGAAGGAUGAAGCCUUUGCUUUAUGGAUUGAGCAGUGGGCUAAACUGUAUGAGGAAGAGUCCCCUUCUCGCAUGAUCAUCCAGUACAUCCAUGACAACUACUACCUGGUCAACCUGGUGGACAAUGACUUCCCUCUGGACAGCUGUCUGUGGCAGGUUAUAGAGGACAUGUUUGAGCUGUUGGAUUCUCCUGCUGAACAUCCUGAAUAACUCUACCCUUGCAACAGCUGGGCUCCCCACAGCCUCUCCAUUGCAUUCUUUGAAUGCUACUUUAGAAAACUUGCACUCCUGCAUACAGUAGAUUUAAAAUGGAAGUGCUAUUCUGGGGUAUACAAUGUAUACAAGAAGAUUCGACCUUCUUUUAGUAAUGCAAUACUUUUACAUCCAUUAUUUUAAAUGUUUUUUAGCAAGUAUAUUAUUUUUCUAGGGGUAUUGUUUUUGUAAUCUGGAGGUGAACUUCUGCCAUCUUAUAAACAUGACGUGAACUUUGCAGUAAGAAUUGCAUACAGAAACGUAUGAACUCAUAUAAAGCUACCAAAAAGUUUUCACCUCAUCCUCUGCAGAAAUCACCUUGAUCAGUAUUUUUCUUUCUGCAGUGUUGUAUAUUUUGUGUGUUAAAAAGCCACAAUUAAUAUGGCUUUUUUUACAGCAGCAAAAAAUUAUCUCAAUGAUAAAUAAGCUCAAUACUUUUUUUUCCAGUUUUGUAUUAACAACUUUUAUGACAAUAUUUUCCUAUCUUUCUACAAUUCCUUUAACAUAUUUAUUACAUUAAGCACUAAAGAAGAAUUGGAAUGUUAUCUUAAACAAGUGAUUUUGUAAUAAUGUAUUUUAAGAAAAUUAAAUAGGAUUGAAAUAAAUAUCUGCAAAUAAUUUAAAGAUAUACAGGGUUUCAGGUACCAUUUUUAUAAUAAGCUUUAUUAGAAAGGUUAAACUGGUAACUGGUUUUAUGUGGCUAUGAAUUUAAAUAAAUGUAUAUAUUUCCUUACGUUAAGACAUUCUCUACAGUACUCAACUUUUAACCAAAGGCUAAACUACUCAUUUUAAAUUUUUUUUGGAUUUGAAUUAAGAAGUUUUUGUUACACGCAUUUUUUUUAUGUGAACAGCACUCCAAAUAUUAAAAGGACCUAUAGAAUUUUCUUAAUCACCCCUGUUACUUUUAUGUUAUUGUUCCAGCACACACCGGGCUGUGGCUUAUGGGUUCCAACAGCACAGAAAAUACAUGUUGCACAAUUAUGCUAUGCAAGUUUGUUAUAAUGAAACUUUAAAGAUAUAGAACACUGUUACAGUUUUGUCUUGAAAUAAAAAUGUGUGCCUUC